UCGAAUCUAGAUUGUUUCCUAUUCAAGCUUCUAGUUUGUGAAGUCUAUCUCUAUCUUGUCUGCAAAAAUGGCCAAGGAAGAGAAGGGAGAAGAGGGGGAAGAUGAAGUAUGUACUGCUGUAUACAAAGUAAAUCUGCAUUGUGCUCAAUGUGCUCGAGAGAUUAAAAAGCCAAUUAUAAGGACUCAAGCAGGAGUUCAUAGUGUGGACAUCGACAAUGAGAGUGGCGAAAUUACAGUGAAAGGUAAGAUUGAUCUGCAUAAAAUUCAAUAUCUCAUAGAGAAAAGAAGCAAGAAGAAGGUUGAGCUGGUGUCUCCAAUACCAAAGAUCAAGGAGAAGGUAGAGAAGGAGGAGAACAAAGAAAAGAAAGAAGACAAUGAACCAAUUUAUAGCGCAAUGACAAUGAAGGUUCACCUGCACUGCAGAAAUUGUGAAUAUGACAUGGAAAGGAAGUUGCUAAAACUAAAAGGUGUUUACAGUGUUAAUACCGACAUAAAAUCACAGACUGUGAAAGUGGAUGGAACCAUAGACCCUCCAACAGUAAUCAAGUUUAUCCAUAAGAACCUUCACAAACAUGCCGAGAUCAUCUCCACUAAAGAGGAAGUAAAGGAGCAAAAGAAAGUAAAGGAGAAUGAAUCAACCAAGGAGACAAAAAAGCAAGAAAAAGAAAAGUUGAAAGAAGUUGAUAUUAAGUUCAUUGAAGCAACCGGGAGCAAAGAUAAGGAAGAAAAGAAUGUGGAAGUGAAAGUUCAGGAGGAAUAUGUCCCUUAUGUAAUCCACUGCAAUUAUGCCCCUCAGCUGUUUAGUGAUGAAAACCCAAAUGCAUGUACUAUAAUGUAGAGAUGUGCUCUUAGGAACAUGAUCCAACAAACUAAUAGCUUUAGACCUCUAGCAGAAACACUAGCUUUGAUCAUCUUUGAUGCUAUUACAUUAUUUCAAGAUAACAUAUGUAACUCAUUUGUGUCUGAAUACCUGUCAUAGUAAUGAAUAUACAUUUCCAAAGGUGAUUAUGUUUGGGAUCAAA